GCUCUUUUCCUCCACGAAAAAAAAGGAGAUUAUUUCUCUGCUCAGCAGUAGCUAAUCUGCAAAUUAAAAGACCAUUCUGUACAAGUGGUAAGGUAAGAAACUCACUCUGGUUUUCUUUUCUUUUAUCUUCCAGGCAUUUGCUGUUGUCGGUCUCCUCCUGAACCAGUAGAAGAAACAGACUCAGAAUGUGGCUUUUAGAGAAAAUCCGGGGCUCAGUGGACAACAGCGGUUCUCGCGCUAAUGACUCAGCAGAUAAGUCCAAAGGACCAUUGUACAGCAACGUCCUGACGCCGGAUAAAAUCCCAGAUUUUUUCAUUCCUCCCAAGUUGCCAACGGUGCCUCCUGAGGCAGAGGAUGGGAACACCAAACCCAAUCUGGGCACUUCGGCCUCCGAGCAGAAUUUAUCUGCCCGCAAAACCCCGCGGAGCCCUCGUUUGCCCGUGAAGGCUGUCUCGGAGAGCAAGAAUCUUUUGAAAGCUGCCAGUCGACACAUCAUCCAGAUCGAGAGCGCAGAUGAGUGGAUGUCUGAGGAGGACUACAGUACCAACGCAGACCCACAGUCCCAGACAGCCAUGUCGCUGCCGUAUGUCCCCAAAGCGCAGACCUCGUACGGCUUUGCGACGCUGAUGGAAAGUCCUCACACGCGCCGUAAGGAAUCUCUUUUCCACAGCGAGCACACCAGCCUGUGCCCAUCCCAGUCCUCCUCGCCCAGUUCUCAACGGAAGUCCACCUCAGGAGGGAGCAAGACCAAUGGAGAGAGCGCUCACCUCAACCCCUCAGACAUCAGUAUGUCCCUCAUGAAUCCCUACCGUUACUUCAGUGGAGGGGAGAGCGACACCUGCUCCUCCGCGGAGUCCUCUCCCUUCGGUUCCCCGUUGCUGUCGAGGUCGGUGUCCCUUCUCAAGAUCUUCAGCCAGGAGAGCCAAUCUAAGGUCAUCAAACUCAAACACUCGGUGGCUCGCAACAGUUCCCUGUCCACUGAUGACAGUUCGGCUGACACCAGUCCCAGCUCCCAGCGCCGCAUGCGCUGUGCAACCCCUCCAACCGGGGGAGCCAUCGGCGGGUUGCAACCACAGCCCCUCACCGCUGCGGACUCCCAAGACAAAUUUCACAAGGAGCACGUGCUCAGUUUUAGCAAAGGAGGCAGCAUCCGCUUAGUGGUCCAGUACAACCCGUCCAACGCCCGGCUGCGGGUGCGUGUUGUGGCCGCCGAAGACCUCUACGACAAGCACUGUGACGUCAGGAGCAUCAACUGUUGCGUCGCUCUCUAUUUAAACCCCGGCAAGGUGCAGAAACAACGGAGCACGAUCAUCAAGAACAGCCGCAACCCCAUCUUCAACGAGGAUUUCUUUUUCGACGGGCUGGGCCUCAGCAACAUGAGGAAAAUGUCUCUCAAGGUCAAAGUGGUUAACAAAGGCAGCAGUCUCAAGCGGGACACUCUGAUGGGCGAGAAGGAGUUGCCCCUCACUUCCUUGCUCCCCUUUUUAUAAAGCGUCCCCUCUCUGGUAUCUGUGGCCUGCCACUCAUCCCAGUCAGCUUCUUUCCUGCUCUGCAAACUGGGGAUACGGGGUGGUUGGAGGCCUGCUCGCGCAGAUUCCUUCAGGGUCAGUCAACGUUUCCGUAAAAUGGGUGUUGCAUGUUUGAGGUCCAUGGAGGGGGCAUCCCAGCAUUUUUUGCAUGAAACCUCAGUCGCUUGCCCUGUGACCCUAUGUUCUUAGAUGGUCAGGAUAUUCUUUGCCUCUUGGGUCAAGGUGUGUCCCUUGGUCACCGCGAGCCGAUCUUCUUUCACCGUUAACCGUGUUGGAGGUAGAGUGGAAGAGGACCUGGGGAUUCGAAGGGAAGCAGGAAGGUUCCUCCCAAUGGGUUUUCCUCAGCGCAGGAGGUGGCUGCAUGAAUAAACCAGGUUUCCACCCUGCUUUUGAGCCCCUUCCUAACAAAUGCAUGCCCGAGAACCCGAGAAUCUAUCCCUUGAAGAUGCAUGCAGGUUGCAUUCGAUUCUGUCGCAAUCCAUGGGAAGGCAAUCUAAACAGCCCACUCGGCUUUCAAGCGAAAGGGACGUGAUCACGUGCUUCCUUCAGCCAGGAAACCUCUUCACUUCCCCAAUAGGUGCAAAUCCCCGUUUCUGAUUUGGGAGCUUCGGGUCGACAUGUGCUUUCUGAAGGAAGCGGACAAGGAGAAGGAGCUGGAUCCAGAAGCCCUUCUGAAGCCCAGCGGAUCGUCCAGCGAUUGUCUCAGAAAGGCUGUUUUGCAAGAUGUGAGGGAUUGGACAGAGACCUUUUGCCUCCCUGCUCUGCUUGACUUCAGGGGAAAUUGCAGAAAUCGGAGCGAUGCCUGAUAGGACCUUUCCACCCGGAGACCAA